AUAACACUAAAUGAGCCACCGCCGGCGGUGCUUUUGUCAGGCGUAUAAACCCCCAGUGGCGAAGGCGCGCCACCUCCUGGCGGGAAGCGGAUGAAGUAGGGUUUUAGCUCGCGGUGGACCGUCGCCGUCGCCGCCGCAAGUGAGUUCUGGGCGAAGGCAAUGGAGAUGGAAGGGCCUUUUGAGAAGGCAACGAGAGUGAGACUGGUGUUCAAGGGCGGUUUACUGAACAAGUCGCAGAGGUCGGUAGGGCUGAGGCGUUGUUGGUUGCGACUGAAUUCUAGCAUCGCCACCAUCUCUGACCUCUCCCUUCACAUCCUCCGUUCGUUCAACCUGGAAAAUAUCUGCCCCAACGGGGUCACCCUUUCGGUGGAGGGUUUUGUAUUGCCUUUCUUUGAAUCAAUUUGCAUACUGAGGGACAGUGACAUAAUCAGGGUGAGCAGGAAAGAUUAUCUUUCUGUGGAGAUUGUGAAAGGUCAAAAUGAAAUAAAGAAUAUUGAGGAUACACACAUUCUUCAAAGGCAGCCUUUGCUUUCUGGGGUAAAACUUUUGGCAUACGACAAAUUUGAGAAGGAAGCUGGUGGUUAUCAAAGUGAAUAUGAAAGUGAAUCGGAACAUGAUGGGAAUGCCUUGCACUCCGAAAAGCCAGUAUUAGAUCUAACUGCAAAAAAAAGGAAACUCUCAAAUGCAGACCAAGGAUCAAGGUACCACAGGAAAAAGAAAGCUAGAACAAGGACUACUGAGAAGGCUGAUAAGAAUGAAAACAGAGUUGAUGAGGAGAAAAACAAUGAGUUAUGCAGUGGCCAAGACAUUUCAGUGAAGCAGAUAUCUUCUGUUGGGAAGUCCGAUAACAAAAAUGGACAGGGAAUGAAAGUUCAUCCUCCUAAGAAAACAACAAGUGAAGGCACAGAAAGACAUGAAAAGCCGCUUAAUGAUGAAGGAGAUGUGUCAGAUGGUGGGAGGAAGUUACCUAGCAGAAGUGCUCGUCGCAAGAAGGCCAAAAGGCUGUGGUUACGGAAAAUGGCUAGUGCUAAACCUGUAGAGCCCACUAAGGAUAAUUCAUCCGAAAAAGAUGUAGAGAUGAAAUUCUUGGAAAGGGAACAUGAUCAGCAAGAUGAUGUGGAUGAUGAUGAAGUCGUGCCUGUAAUUGUUGAGCCUGGACAUAUACGUUUUGAACCUAUUAGUGGAGUGGAUGCAAAGCAAGAUAAUGGGAGGCAUGAGGAUCCAGUGGAACUCAUUAAAUGGAAUGGAACAACUUGCAAGAGAAAGGGCCAGAAAUGGGGAAAGGAGAAAACUUCUGUAGAGAAAGUAAAUGCCAAAGUGGAUGAGGAGGAAGAUUUGAUGUUCGAGAAGGAGGAGGUGGCUGACAAACAUGUUGAUUUCGAACAACUUGCACCCUUAACUGGGAUACCAGAGGAAAAUGACAUCAUUGCAUACCGACUGAUAGAGUUAUCUUCUUCGUGGUGCCCUGAGCUCUCCCCUUUUCGGGUUGGAAAGGUGUCUUCUUACAAUCCAGAAUCCAGUGUAGUUACAUUAGUACCUGUUCCAGGUUAUCCUGUUUCCGUUCAUCAUAAUCAAGAAGAGACCCCAGACGAGUAUUCAGUAGAUGCCUCCCUUUAUAAAGAAGAUGGUUCAUUGGAGAUAGAGUUCAGAUCGCUGGUUGAUGCCCGCAUUCUUUACCAUGAGAAAGGAAAUAAGUUACCAAUAUGUGCUGCUGGUGAAAUGAAUGGUGUUGGAAUUCCAUCAAGUAUCCAAAAAAGGGAUUUGGUCACAAAGAUCUCUGGAGAUGAACAGAACCAAACCAUGAUACAAGAAAAGGGGCAGACAUCCUGGGAUGAAAUUAGUCAGGCCUUGAAUGAGAAGAAGGCAGAACUGUGGAAGCAAGUAGAGAAUGGUAAAAAGAAGGAAAAAACAGCCAAAAGCUCGUGGUCCUAUAAGGCCCUGAGGGGAAGCGCAUUAGGUCCUACAAUCGCCUACCUGAGAGCGGAGAAUAGAAUUUAAGAUGCGGUUGUAGAUAACUUGCAGCUUGUGUACACAGGGAUGGAUGUGUUCUUUACCCCACCGAAAGGGAACUUUUGUGCACAAAUUGCUGAAAGCACUAUCGGUUUGUGAGCAAUGGAACAAGGAAGCUGCCUAUUUUUGUUAGUGUGAAAUUCGGUUUCAGCUUUGAAAAAAACGCUUGUAAUUAUUAUCAGGCCAAGCGAAUGGAUCUGUCCAGCUUGCGUCUUUUUCCGUUAGCUGAGGUGCAACUUGUAUAUCUUCGAAGGUGUCAGCUCUUGCUGUAUUUUUUAACUAGAAGUGUCUCUGUUCACCGCCAUGACGUAUCUGAGUGCCAUCCAUAUGGAAAUCAGAAAUAUUUCUGGUCAGAAUACACUGGAUUGUUAUUGCUUACGUGGUGGGUAGGAAAGCAUAUAAUUGCCUAUUGGUGACUUCUUCUAUUUUCAGUAGCUAAA